GGUGCGCUAUAGAUGUUCUUUUCGAUCCUGGUCAACUAGAACCAGCAGAAACAACCCUUAGCCAUGGGGAAGAUAAUGAAGUCUUGUAAGGUGGUGCUGGUGCUGAACGGGCGCUACGCCGGACGCAAGGCCGUCAUCGUGAAGAACUACGACGAGGGAAGCUCGGACAAGGGCUACGGUCACGCCCUCAUCGCCGGCAUCGACAGGUACCCGCGUAAGGUCACCAAGUCUAUGAGCAAGAAGAAGGUCGCCGUGCGGUCGAAGGUGAAGCCGUUCAUCAAGGUCCUCAACUACAACCACAUGAUGCCGACGCGCUACUCCGUCGAUCUCGCCUUCGACAAGCAGACAGUGAACAAGGACGUGUUCCGCGACCCGGCGUUGAAGAGAAAGGCGCGCGGAGAGGUCAAGGCCAAGUUCACGGAACGCUACAAGUCUGGAAAGAACAAGUGGUUCUUCCAGAAGCUACGAUUCUAAGUUUUCGUGCUCUCCGUGUGUGUGUUCCGCUCGCGUCUGUUGUAAAGUAAUAAAAAAAAAUAUUCGUCAUCUCAAAUUA